AUCGCUUUCUGGUUCGUGUGGAUACGUGUGAGAAUUUCUGAAAGCGUCAGACUUGCUGAGACCUAACUAUGGAGAACACACGGCCAAAUGAAGAAGGAAGAAUAAGUGAACCAAAUUGGAGCGAGCGCGUGGAAGAUCUCGUAGCAGCCGGCGACGUCACGGCGGCGAUCUCGUUUCUCGAGUCUUUGGAGACCAAUCUUCAGUCACGAUUGGGUUCUUCCUCCUCCAGCGAGAGAACAGAGUUUGUGUUGCAAUUAGCAGCCGCUCUUACGCAAUUGGCGGAUCUCUACUCUUCUCAGGGACUUUCCCUAAAAUCCGAUGAGCUUCGAAUUCGUUCUUCCCUUAUUAAGCAACGAGCGUUGGAUUGUGAUCGUGCUUCUUCAAGAGAUUCCGGCGAUGUAGAGAAUCAAAGUAUUGCUUCCAAUGGACUCAAGUCAGACGCAAAUGUCUCACCUGCUGAUGGGAAAACAAAGGAUUCCACAAACGUACCUAGCAAUAAUUCAGCUGCUCAUGAUUCUUCAGAUGAUGAUUGGGAAGCUCUUGCAGAUCUUGAACCGAGUAAAUUACUCCCCGUGGAAGAGUUGCCUGAAAUAUCAAAGCUUUCGGUUGAAGAACCUAAAGUUGAAGGACCUAAGAGACGUGGAAGAGGAACGUUUACUUAUAAGAGGGAUGCAAUGUAUAGUGAUCGAGAUUUCUCUGAGUCAAGGUUUGAUGAUUCAGAAGAUAACGAUUUAUCUCGUGAUUCAGAGAAGACUGAUGAAUCACUGAAAUCCAAGUAUGGCACACGCCAUGUCCUCGUACUUGCUGAUUUUUCUCCAAGUUUGAGAACUGCUGAUUUGGAGAAGCUAUUUAAAGACUUCAAAGAUAGUGGAUUUAUCAUUCGUUGGGUCAAUGAUACAACAGCACUUGCAGUCUUCAAAACCCCUGCAGCUGCUCUAGAGGCUUGCAACCAUGUUCAAUGUUCAUUCACCAUACGUGUUCUCGAUGAUCACGAUUCUCUUUUGGGCUCGAUUUCUGGAAAAGAUUUGGAACCACCGUCUCAAAGACCAAAGACAUCAGCGAGAACAGCUCAAAGGUUGAUUGCUCAUAGCAUGGGAUUGAAGCUACCGGCUUCUGGAUUCGGGUCUAAAGAGCUACGAGACCAAGAAGCUGCCCGGAAAAACCGGAUUGUCUCGAGACAGAAACAACGUGAAGAUGCUUGGGGAGAUGACUGACAUUAACCAUACAGUUUGGAUUUCCUCAAUUUUCCGGCUCACCGGAUCUAUAUUUUGUGUGUCUGCUUAUUGGUAUAUACAACCUCAAUCCCCUUGAGUGAUUCUUAUAAGCAUUGCUAGAGCUUGUUUGUAGUGUUUUGUGUAUCAAAACCGUUUGAAAAUACUUUAACCGGAAAUGAAAUCUGAACCGGUUAUUAUAAUACUA